GGGACGGCUCCGAGUUUCAGCCUCCGACGUGCUAUUAAUGCUUCUCCACCAACAGACUUCAUGAUAGCAGGAUCAACGUCGUAGGGAGAGCGGGGUAUUGUGAGACAUCGGGUAAUGUGAGACACCCCCUGUAUCUAGGCAACGGAACACAAUUGUGGUCAUGUGACCAUUAUGUUUUCAAGCGCCUCCCAUUCCCCCCUUGCCAGGAAGGUGAAGUUGGUGCUGGUGCUGUGGAAUAGAGUGGUUUGGCAGGUUCCUAGCACGUCGCCAUCUCUCUGUCCGAACUCCGGAGGCAACAUCCCUGGGAAGGGCUACAGCCUUCAAUAAAACUACAGUGGGGGAGUUCUUCGAAAAUCUGGCUGUAGUGAUGGACAGGCACAAAUUCCCUCCACACAUGAUUUACAAUGUGGAUGAAACAGGCGUCGUUACAGUUCAAAAGCCACGGCAGGUUGUGACAGAGAAAGGAACAAAGCAAGUUCUAUCACAUCAGCUGAGAGAGGAGAACUGGUGACUGUGGUGUGUGCAGUGAAUGCUGCUGGGAAUGCCAUACCUCCCAUGUUUGUCUUCCCCAGAGUUAGGUUUAAGGAUGACUUCAUGAUAGGAGCACCUCCAGGAGCCAAAGGUGCCUCCACCAGAACAGGAUGGAUGAAUGAAGACACCUGGCCUGAGUUCCUUGAUCACCUGAUACAGCACACUCAGUGCACUCCUGACCGUCCCAUGUUGCUAAUCCUUGAUAAUCUUAAAACUCACAUCUCACUCAAGGCAGUAGAAAAAGCAAAGAGCAACAGUAUUGUUAUGCUCACCCUUCCACCCCACACAUCCCAUCGCAUGCAGCCUCUCGACGUGACCGUGUAUGGCCCGUUCAAGACCCUAUACAACCGAGCUCUUGAUGGGUGGAUGAGAUCUAACCCUGGCAAAACAGUCUCCAUCUACCAGAUUGCAGGACUUGUGAAUGAGGCCUUCUUGUCAGCAGUGACACCACGGAAUAUCACUUCUGAAUUCAAGUCCACUGGGAUUUUCCCAUAUAACAGAGAUAUUUUCCCUGAGGAAGCGUUUGCACCAUUCAUGGUGUCAGACCGGCCAAACCCUGAGCUGCAGCCUGCAUCCACUGGUCCAUCCACUUCAGAUGAUCCAGAUGGUCCACUCCCUGCAGAUGAACCACCUGCUGCAGAUGCUAAUCCAUCCACUCCGCGUGGUCCACAUGGAUGUGCCUCGCCAGCUGACUCAGAUGUUCCCAGCCGACCUGGAUAUGUGUCUACUCGUGAAAUCCUAUCACUUCCCAAAUGUCCCCCUAGAGCACAAACCAAAAGAAAGCGUGUGAAGACAGCCAUCCUAACAGAUACUCCUGAGAAGCAGGCAAUAGAAAAGGCUUAUGAAGAGAGACAAAAGAAACUGGCAGGGAAAAAACAAAAUAGCAAAGCUGAAAAAGAAAGCACCCAAAAGGAAAAUCAUAGAUAGCAGCUCUGAGGAGAGUGAUGUCCCUGUCCCACUUGAUGAUGAGAGCCCUGAGGAUGAGAGAAGUGAUCCUGGAAACACAGAUCUGAACGUGGGUGACUUUGCCCUAGUUAACUUUGCAACCAAACACAGGAGUCUCCGUUACGUUGGCAUGGUUGAGAAAGUUGAGGAUGACGAAAUACUUACACAAUUCCUCAGAAGAAUCCAGGGAAACAAGAAACAGUGGGAGAGACCCACGUUUGCUAUAAAGGAAAAUGAUGUGGCACAUGUUCCUAAAGGUGAUGUGGUGAAGAAGCUGCCUCAACCUAAUAGGCCUGGAGGAACCACACGGAGAGAGCAACUCUUCACCUUUCCCUGUAACCUUCAGGGCUGGAAUGUAGAGUAGGCCUUGUUAUAGAGUAUGAGGCUGAUGUUCUAAUCCAGGUGGGUCUAGCCUGAGUCCCAGGCUGUUUUUAGCUGGUUCUGAUGGUCCUAUGUUCUGAGCCCCAGACUGUGUAGCUGGUUCUGAUUAUGGGUCCAUGUUCCGACCCCCAGGACUGUGCACUAGCUGGUUCUGAUUGUCCUUUGCUCUGACCCCCAGACACUAGCUGGCUCUAAAGGUCCUGUGUUCUGACUCCCACACUGUGAAUGUUAAUUAAAACAUUUUGAAUUAUA